AUGUCGUACUACACCAACAACAGCAGCCCACCCCCGCUGCAGCACCCGGUCCCCACCCACCCCGCAUACAUCCCGGAACCACCAACAACACCCAUGUCGCCCCAGGGCUAUCAGCGCUACGCCAGCUCGCCCCCAGAGCCCACCUACGCACCGCCCAUCCAAAAUACUGGCUCUCAUCAUCUCUCGCCGCCCUACGGAGCCGCCCCGAGCGGAGCGUACCAGCCCCCGCACCAGCCCCAUCCUCACAACCCGGCGGCACCAAUCAACUUCACCUCCUGGGGCUUUGACAACGCGACCGCCGCGUUUGGUGUCCAGCUCGGCCAGAGCGCCGUCGCUGCCGGCCAGGACUAUGUCCAGAAGAAUCUGGGAGGCUUCAUCCCGAUCUCGAUGCUCAAGCAUCACUUCAACGUCUCGAACUCGUAUGUCAUCAAGAAGCUCCAGAUUCUCCUCUUUCCCUGGAGACACCGCCCGUGGUCUCGUCGCGUCCGCCGGCUCGAGAACGGCCAGUCGGAGUGGUCCCCGCCUCGAGAAGACAUCAACUCCCCCGACCUCUACAUCCCUCUCAUGGCCCUCGUCACCUACAUUCUCCUCGCUGCCCUCUACUCUGGCCUCAACUCCCGCUUUCACCCCGAGAUUCUCGGAAUCACCGCCUCGAAAGCGCUCGCCGUCGUCCUCCUCGACUUCUGUUUCGUUAAGGCUGGCUGCUAUAUCCUCAACAUCCCUGGCGGGCUUUCAAGUCAGGUCCUCGAUCUCCUCGCCUACGGCGGCUACAAGUUCGUCGGCGUCAUCAUCACCCUCGUCGGCGCGCUGCUCGGCCUCGGCAGCAGCGUCUACCUCCUCGUCUUCCUCUACACCUUCUUCUCCACCGCCUUCUUCCUCCUCCGCUCCCUGCGCUCCAUGGUCCUUCCCGAUGCCUCUGCAACCGCCGCGGCAGUCAACCCCUCACAGCGCUCGAGACGAAUCACGUUCCUCUUUCUCGUUGCCGUUUCCCAGGUGCUGUACAUGGGCGUCCUCGUCCGCGUCUGA